AUGUCGCCAGAUCCAAAGAGACGUCGGAUCGACUCUACGCGCCCGUAUCAACGGGCACAACACAACGAUUCGUUACGCGCUUCUACCCCCCGAGCACCGUCACGCUACGCGGCCACGCCCCCUCGUGAGGAGCCUCGUAAUGAGGUAGGGGCGACCGACGAAGACACGGCUUUGGACCGCGAUUGGUACGGCGGUGACGAAUUCGGGGGACAUAGCUUCGGGGAUGAUACUCACAAUCCCUUCGCAUCCUACGGUGCUUGGGAAGGCCAGCAGCAGGAAACAGCCCGACACGAAAAGAUGACCAGCCGAUUCGAUGCGCGGCGCGAGCAAAGGAACCGGGAAAAUGACGCCUGGGAAACAAAUCGAAUGUUGCAAUCUGGAGUAGCCCAACGGCGAGAUAUGGCCUCCGACUUUAUUGAUGACGACGAUUCAACCCGAGUUCAUCUUUUGAUUCACGACCUCCGACCCCCCUUCUUGAAAGGACGAACGAUCUUUACGAAACAACUAGAGCCAGUGCCCGCUGUAAAAGACCCCCAAAGUCACAUGGCGGUCUUCAGCCGGAAGGGUAGCAAAGUGGUCAAAGAAGCACGACAACAGCGAGAGCGACAAAGACAAGCCAAAGAAGCUACGAGUAUGACGGGAACGACGCUUGGAAACAUCAUGGGCGCAAAAGAGGAGGAUGGCGACUCCGCGCUACCAGUACCUGGCGAGGAAGAUGCUCAACCCACGGAGCGGAAGGGCAACAAAUUUAGUGAACAUUUGAAAAAGGCAGACGGCGCUAGUAACUUCAGCCAGAGCAAAACGCUACGAGAGCAGCGCGAAUACCUACCAGCUUUCGCAGUUCGUGAGGACCUUCUUCGUGUGAUUAGAGAGAAUCAGGUCGUCAUUUGCGUUGGUGAGACGGGUUCUGGCAAAACAACACAGUUGACACAGUUCCUCCAAGAAGACGGAUAUGGAAAUACCGGCAUGAUUGGGUGCACACAGCCGCGACGAGUUGCAGCAAUGAGUGUGGCCAAGCGUGUGGCCGAGGAGAUGGAAGUGAAGCUAGGAAGCACAGUUGGUUAUGCUAUCCGAUUCGAAGACUGCACCAGCAAAGAGACGGUCAUCAAAUAUAUGACCGACGGUGUUCUACUACGAGAGUCCCUGAACGAACCAGACUUGGACCGCUACUCCUGUGUCAUCAUGGAUGAAGCGCACGAACGUGCUCUGAACACAGAUAUCCUCAUGGGUUUGUUCAAGAAGAUUCUGCAAAGGCGACGCGAUUUGAAGCUCAUCGUAACAUCGGCCACAAUGAACUCGAAACGCUUCUCCGAUUUCUUUGGCGGUGCCCCUGAGUUCAUCAUUCCUGGACGAACUUUCCCAGUCGACGUCAUGUUCCAUCGAUCGCCUGUUGAGGACUACGUCGAUCAGGCUGUGCAUCAAGUGUUGUCAAUCCACGUCUCAAUGGGGCCUGGAGAUAUUUUGGUGUUCAUGACUGGUCAAGAAGAUAUCGAAAUCACAUGCGAGCUGGUACAAAAACGACUCGACGCUCUCAACGACCCUCCAAAGUUAAGCAUCCUGCCUAUUUACAGUCAGAUGCCUGCAGAUCUACAAGCCAAGAUUUUCGACAAGGCAGCCCCUGGUGUUCGAAAAUGCAUUGUUGCAACCAACAUUGCCGAGACCAGUCUGACAGUUGAUGGUAUCAAAUACGUUGUGGAUGCGGGUUACUCCAAGAUGAAGGUGUACAACCCCAAAAUUGGCAUGGAUACUCUCCAAAUCACGCCUAUCUCUCAAGCCAACGCCUCGCAACGCUCAGGUCGAGCCGGUCGAACAGGCCCAGGAAAGGCAUUCCGACUAUACUCUGAGAAGGAGUUCAAAGAAGACUUGUACUUGCAGACGAUCCCGGAAAUCCAGCGCACGAAUCUUGCCAACACUGUUCUAAUGCUAAAAUCUCUCGGUGUCAAAGAUUUACUGGAUUUCGAUUUCAUGGACCCCCCUCCGCAGGACACUAUCACAACCUCGAUGUUUGACCUGUGGGCCCUCGGAGCUUUGGACAAUAUGGGCGAGCUCACCGAGCUGGGAAAGAAGAUGAGUGCUUUCCCAAUGGAUCCAUCUUUAUCCAAACUGCUCAUUACUGCAGAGGAUUAUGGCUGUAGCGAGGAGAUGAUCACUAUCGUCUCUAUGCUGUCUGUGCCCAAUGUUUUCUACCGCCCAAAGGAGCGACAGGAAGAAGCCGACGCUGCACGUGAGAAGUUUUGGGUGCAUGAGUCGGAUCAUUUGACGUACCUUCAAGUGUAUACCAACUGGAAGGCAAACGGUUAUUCAGAUGGCUGGUGUGUGAAGCACUUCCUGCAUCCCAAGUCUUUGAGGCGAGCCAAGGAGAUUCGCGAGCAGUUAUUGGAUAUCAUUCGCAUGCAAAAGAUGACGCUAACAAGUUGUGGAAUCGACUGGGAUAUUGUGCGCAAAUGCAUCUGCUCGGGCUACUACCACCAAGCAGCCAAAUACAAGGGCUCGGGCGAGUACAUCAACCUUCGUACCAACCUAGGCGUGCAACUGCAUCCGACAAGUGCAUUGUACGCCGGGCACCCGCCCGACUAUAUCGUCUACCACGAACUGAUCCUCACGUCCAAGGUAUAUGUGUCAACAGUGACAGCUGUUGACCCCCACUGGCUUGCUGAUCUCGGCGGUGUAUUCUACUCGCUCAAGGAAAAGGGCUAUUCAGCACGUGAUAAGCGCAUUAUAGAGACAGAAUUCAACCGGAAGAUGGAAAUCGAGGCCAAGAUGGCCGACGACAAGCGUAAGGAUGAAGAGAGGAAGCAGGCGGAGGAGGAAAAAAGCCAAAAGAAGCCGGCGAAGAAGAUCGGAGCAGAUGGCAAAAAGUAUAUAACACAAGGUGCAGUCAGGAAGCCGGUGACGAAACGACGCAACAGGCCGUUUUAG